AUGAUUAAAGGAAAAUGAAGUGGGUGAGAUUCCGCGCCAAUAAAUAUAAAUUAGGAUAAACACAACUAAGUCACCAUUCGGUACUUGCCAUUUGUAAUUGUUCAUACAUACACCCAACCUCCGCAAAACCCGAAACCCCGAACAGAAAAAAAAAAAACAAACCGGAUCGGAUCGGAUUGGAUCGGAUCACCAUUUUGUGCAAUGGAAGGACUUAUGAAGGGAUUGAUGAAUGUAGCAUUGGAUCACAUUAAUCAACGUGGCGGUGGUGAUGCUGAUGAUGAUGAUCGUCGAGAUGAAAGGGAAGAACAACCUAGAUCCAGUUGGGCUCAGGUGGUGUCUGGUGAGGAUGAUGAAAACCAUGGCGCCUCCAAUUCCAACACCAAUUCUAACACUAACACACAGGAAGAACGUUACGGAAGAAAUGAUGACAGGAAAUCAGGAGGAGGAUCCAGAACCCAAAAGGAGGAGGGAGAUGAAAACAGUACUGAUGGUUGGGAGACUGUGCAGCAGAAGAAGAAGCCUUCUAAACAGCAUCACAAGGUCUCACUACAUUUUCUCUUUUGUGUUUCAUAUAGUUCUCGCUUUCUUUAA